UGAUCUGAUCGGGUUGUUCGGCGCACAGACAGCAGCUGACUGUCGGCUUGUUGCAGCACUUUUUUUUAUUUAUAUAUAUAUACAUAUGUGAUUGAGCAUUGGUCCCGGAGCCUGGAAUGACUCAUCCCCCCGUCAUGACCUCACCGGGCCGCCCCUCCAGUUGAAUGGGAUCCCUCAUCGCCUGUCUGUCGCUUGUUUUUGGCACCGACUGUCUCCACCGUCGCCGCUCCUGCUCCUCCUGCUCCUCCUGCUCCUCCUCUUACUGCUUCUUCUCCUUAAACCCUGAUUUUUUUGGGGGGUGGGGGGAUCUGUGAGCUUUCGCUUCAUGUGAUCACUUCAUUCAUGGUUUUCAUGUGAAUUCUGUCUGAUCGGCAGAAGAGCGACGACGCCAAAUCUCCAGCAGCCUGCGCGUCAGGGGCCAUGGGGGGAUCCAAGAGUAAGCCCAAGGAUGUAGGACGGAUAACCCACGGCCACGAUAGCAACCUCAGCUCUGGGGGAGGGGCUGGUGGCCACCACCUCAACCCCAAUCAACCGUCCUUAACACCAAAUCGUAGCCCCACUAUGGAUGGAGGUCUCGGCGGUAAUCCAUCUAUGGCCAAUACUCCAGAGCUGGCCCUGUUUGGAGGCGUGGACAAUAACAGUGUCACCUCUCCUAACAGAAUCACACUGGCAGGAGGCGUGACGACCUUCGUGGCGUUGUACGACUACGAGUCCAGAACGGCCUCAGAUCUGUCUUUCAGGAAGAGCGAACGCCUCCAGAUAGUCAACAACACGAGGAAGGUGAACUGCAGAGAGGGGGACUGGUGGCUGGCGCGCUCCCUGACCACUGGAGAGAGCGGUUACAUCCCCAGCAAUUAUGUGGCUCCAUCCGACUCCAUCCAGGCAGAAGAUCACCUCAGACUGACUCUAGAGUCCAGGUGGUACUUUGGUAAAAUCACCCGCCGGGACUCCGAGAGGCUGCUGCUAAGUUUAGAGAACAGAAGAGGGACUUUCCUGGUGCGAGAGAGCGAGACCACCAAAGGUGCCUACUGCCUGUCUGUAUUGGACUACGACAACACCAAAGGGCUGAACGUGAAGCACUACAAGAUCAGGAAGCUGGACAGCGGAGGCUUCUACAUCACGUCGCGCACGCAGUUCAGCAACCUGCAGCAGCUUGUCAAUCAUUACCGCAAGCAUGCUGACGGACUGUGUCACAGUCUAACGGACAUCUGUCCUGUGCUGAAGCCUCAGACUCAGGGCUUAGCCAAGGACGCCUGGGAGAUCCCGAGAGAGUCCCUCCGUCUCGACCUCAAGCUCGGACAGGGCUGCUUCGGAGAAGUCUGGAUGGGAACGUGGAACGGUACGACGCGGGUGGCAAUAAAGACUCUAAAGCCCGGCACCAUGUCCCCUGAGGCCUUCCUCCAGGAAGCUCAGGUCAUGAAGAAACUGAGACACGAAAAGCUGGUUCAGCUGUACGCCGUGGUGUCCGAGGAACCCAUCUACAUCGUCACAGAGUACAUGGGACAAGGUAGCUUACUGGAUUUCCUGAAAGGUGACAUGGGUAAAAUGCUCCGCCUCCCCCAGCUGGUAGACAUGGCCUCACAGAUUGCUUCAGGGAUGGCUUACGUGGAGAGGAUGAACUACGUGCACAGAGACCUCAGAGCUGCUAACAUCCUGGUGGGAGAUAACCUGGUUUGCAAAGUGGCUGAUUUUGGUCUGGCUCGCCUCAUUGAGGACAAUGAAUAUACUGCCAGGCAAGGAGCCAAGUUUCCCAUCAAGUGGACGGCCCCUGAGGCUGCUCUGUACGGCCGCUUCACCAUUAAAUCUGAUGUCUGGUCAUUUGGAGUCCUGCUGACCGAAUUGGCCACUAAAGGCCGCGUGCCCUAUCCAGGUAUGGUAAACCGGGAAGUGUUAGACCAGGUGGAGCGUGGCUACAGGAUGCCGUGCCCUGCGGAGUGCCCCGAAUCCCUGCACGACCUGAUGCUGACCUGCUGGAGGAAAGAGCCCGAGGAGAGGCCGACCUUUGAGUACCUGCAGGGCUUCCUGGAGGAUUACUUCACCUCCACGGAGCCUCAGUACCAGCCCGGAGAGAACCUGUAAACUGGGGUGAACGUGGGGGGAAAAUGUGCAUGCGUCAUGCAUGUACAAAAACUGAGCAUGUGUAUCUACUUCAGUGUGUGUGAGGGUGUGUAUGUACAGUAUAACGGGGAGCUGCAUUCUGGGUACAAUCAGUAACUCUCUGACGCUGAGGAGUGUCAGUGCGACGUCAAAACCAAUCAGCAACAUUUCAGAUCCUGCUUUCUACCGGUUCAUUAUUCUGAGCUCAUCACGCUGUAACUUUAUUUUGUUCGUCAUUCAAAACAACACCCGAUACAAAGCCGAGCAGGUUUUCUCAAACCGUCCUCGUGUUUGUAAGUCACCCUGAUGCGUACAGUACAUUCCCCCCGUGUUCACUCACCUGACUGAUCUUGUUUGCCAGCUUCGACACUGCAAGUGACACCAGACAUGUGGCAUUAGAGACUGCACGUGGGAGUCCAGAGAAUGAAUGUUGGAUACAAGUAUUGUCCUGCUGAAAGACCCCUGUCUAUUUUUUUUAUAUACUAUAUUUUCUUUGGGAUACACACAUGCUCAGAGUCUGUCUUCCAUUUUUGCCACUUGAGAAGCAACUAUUUUUGGACGUACAAUAAUCUGCCAGGAUAUUAUUGGUCUUAAAUGUUUUUAUUUUGUUAUUAGACCUGGAUCAACUGGAGUAUUUUUUAUUUUUAUUUCAUCACCAUGCUUCCCAAAAGACUAACACCCUUGAUUCCCCCUCGACAGGAGUGUGUAGUCUCACUCGCCUCCCCUGAUCGGACGAAUAGUUUUCUCGCUGUGACCAACAUACAGCUCAACACAAAGAAGAGAAGAGGCCGAGCGUGUUUCUCUAUUUUCUAAAUUGUGACUUUUCUUACAAACAGAAAACGGCUACUGAUCACUAACGGUCAUCUCAGGAUGGAGAAGACUUAAAAAAAAUAAAAAAUAAAUCUGCUGCAAGGAUUUUUGUGCCAAUGAAAUGAAAAAAAAAUCUUUUGUACUCUCUUCUACUGUGUCAAAGUGUAUUUUACUACUCUGAACUUUUCAUAUGACGAAGUCUGAGUUGUGUAAGCGGAUGUUUUUCUCCUGCUGAUGAUCCACUGUUUCCAGAUCCUGCUCCUGUGUACAGCACCGACCGGCUCACCAGCGGUUUUUUUUGUUUUGUUCUUUUUUUUUUUUUAAAGGUGCUGAUUUUGUUUCUCGAGCGUUCAAAUUAAAUUCAGGUGAAUCUUCUUUCAUGUCUCCUUUUCAGUUCUGGCUUCUUCGUUAAUUAACAUGAAGAUUUCUGCCUCAGCGUUUCACUAACUGGUGCAUCUUUGAGCACGAUGGUACACUGGAGAUAUAUUACAUUUCUGUUCUCUCGGUGGGUUAUGCCUUCCUCCAGCCUGUAGGGGGCAGAGCAGAAAUAACCAUUUCUGUAUAGUAAAUAAAUUGGCAUCUUCAAACUUAAUUGUAAAUAUCCUUAAUGUGUGUUUUUUUUGUGUAUAUAUCAUCUUUAUAAUUUAUUCCACUUUAAAAUAACCCAGUUGUUUAUUUUGCUUUCAUUCAAACUUUAAUGUUUAUGUUAUGGGUUAAAUAACACCUGACAGUAAUGAUAUAAAUAUACAGUUUAUCAUCAUCCAAUGUUUUCUCUUCGUGCAUGUAUCUCUGUGGAACUUAUCUUGGGUGUACAUUUCUGUGAUAUGACUAACAGAGCGGGUGCUCUGCAUCCCUCUUGAUUCCCGUCUUGCCAGAUACUGAUCAUCUACCAGCUCCUUCCCACGGUACAAUCAAAAACCACAAAUGUUUACAUCGUGAUAUAAUCUUUCAGAAAUCAUUUUUGGUGCUGCUUUCAGAGGCUGGUAAAUGAGCAGGUUAAUUUCAAAUGUUGUUCUCAUUCUGUUCUCAUGUGCACACUCACACCUGAGCAUCUGUACGGCCUCUCCCCGGCUCGGGUUUAAAAAGCAUAAAGUGCUCCAUGCACAAGGUGAUGUGAUCUGUGUAGCGUCUACUAUGUGGACAAUGAAUGCAUUGACCUGCCUGGGUGUAGUCAGGUCAUCUGGCAUCAGCCCUUUCUCUCCCUUCUUUCCUCCGACCGGUCUCACUGAAAGCUCAUGGGCAAAAAAUAAAAAAUAAAAUGUGGAAGAAGUGCAUGAACAUGUUCAUGGCCAAGGACGUUUCCAGUGGGGGGGUUCUUGUGGGUCUUCUUUCUGGCUAUGCAGAUAUUUUUUUAAAUCUGUGAUAUUCAUAUAAAUAUAUAUACUCUUUUCUACUGUAUUCAUUGGGAGUUUUCAGAUUUAAAAAAUUGUUAAAUCCUACUGAAUAUUGUUCAAAUUUGAAAGUAUGUUUGAAUAAAAUUUGUAUAUUGCCAGCUGCA